CUUUGUGACAUUAUUUUCUGAGCUUUACUCCACAUCAGAAGUGUUGGAGCAAUUUUUCUGAAGAUGAAGUUUGAGAAUGUACUGGCAGAGUUGAACGGCUUUGGGAGAUUCCAACUAAAGACGAUCCUCUUGAUGAUAAUUCCUCGUGUGACUUUGCCUUUUCACUUCCUGCUGAAUAAUUUCAUUGCAGUGAUUCCCUCUCACCACUGCAACAUCAGCUCUCUGGAUGAUGGAGGUAUUUUUAGGAAUUUAUCCCUGGCAGAGAGGCUUGUUGUUAGUAUUCCAGUCCAGGAAGAUGGGACUCUGAACUCCUGUGAGAUGUUCACAGAGCCUCAGUAUCAUCUGCUGCUAAACUCCUCCAACAUGACUGAACUAUCCACAGUGCCAUGCCAGAGUGGAUGGGUGUAUGACAACACCAACUUCAAGUCUGCACUGGCCACAGAGUGGGAUCUGGUUUGCGAUAAGAGACGAGUGAACAGAGCCACAGCCACUAUCUUCUUCAUGGGGGUCAUGCUUGGAGCACCAGUAUUUGGCUAUCUUAGUGACAGGUUUGGCAGGAAAAUAAUGCUUCUGGUGUCCUAUGUGAUAACCACUAUCUUUGGAUUGGCAAGUGCUUUCUCAUAUAAUUUCACCAUGUUUGCUGUCAUGAGGUUCUUCACUGGAUUUGGAAUUUCUGGAAUAAGUAUCAUCACCAUAGUCCUUUGUAUUGAAUGGGUGGACAUUAAGCAUCGAACUGCAGUGGGUGUUUUCAUGAGCAUGGACUGGAGUGUUUGUACUGCUGUGCUACCUAUUUUGGGCUAUUUUGUGAAUGACUGGAGGCACCUCACCAUCACGGUAACAGCCCCACUGUUUCUCGCAAUGAUUACUUGGUGGUGGCUCCCUGAGUCAGCUAGAUGGCAGAUAAGUAACGGAAAGAUCAACAGUGCUCAUUAUUACUUGAGCAAGUGUGCAAAAACCAACGGAAGAGAGCAGUUCAUGGCUGACCUGAAGCCUGAGGUUCUGUCUAAAGUAAUACUUGUUGAAAAUGAAAACAGAAAAUAUUCCUAUCUGGACCUUGUGAGGACCCCCAGAAUGAGGAGACGGGCUGUACUCACUGGACUUGUUUGGUUUGGAGUGGCCUGUACAUAUUACGGAAUCAGCUUGAAUGUUGCUGGAUUUGGUCUGAAUAUUUAUCUCACCCAGUUCAUCUAUGGAGCUAUUGAACUUCCAGCAAAAUUUUUUGUCUUUUUCUCCCUGAAAAGAAUUGGCCGAAGACUGAAUCAGUCAGGAACACUAGUUAUAACUGCACUGUGUAUAUUCUGCAACAUAUUGAUCCCACAAGAUCAAGGGCUGUUUCGGACAGCUGUGGGAGCUUUGGGCAAGAUGUUUGCAGAGGCAUCUUUUACAACUGUCUAUCUGUACACAUCAGAGCUUUAUCCCACAGUAAUGAGGCAAAAUGGAUUGGGUUACUGUGCCUUCAUGGCUCGUAGUGGCGUGUCUCUGUCCCCCCUGAUCAUGCUUCUGGAAGAUAUUUGGGGCUAUUUACCGAGCACUGUUUUCACCCUGGUGGCUGUUGGUGCAGGGCUGUCAGCCUCUUUUCUUCCAGAGACACAAAACAUCCGUCUACCAGAGACUAUUGAGGAUGUGGAACACACAAGGAGAAGAUCAGUCUGCACAUCUAAUGAGAAAUCUCAACCCCCCAACAUUUUCUUGGAACCAAAAGGCCCAUAAACCGAGUUACAGGGCAGAUCAGUGGUGAUAAUGUGUUUUAACGAUAUAAAAUAAAAAAGCAAGCAUUUAUAAAAUAAUUUUAAUA